UGAGUGCUUAGGGGACUAACUUACAAUGAGGUGUCAGUUCGUAAAUACGUGUAAUGUAGUCUCUGUCGCCAACAUGUGCCACGAGAAAUCAGUAAUGGUUAACCUGAUGUCACCAUGGUGCUCCUUUGCACUAGAAGACAUGGAUGCAGCAGAAGAGUGUGAUAAGGGCAUGUCGAAUUUCAACAGUGAUGGCUUUGUGUUUUGUUUGUUCUUACUUUAGUUUAUUUUAAUCUUUUUUUACCGUUCUGGGGCACCAAGUCAAAAGAGUUUAGUCAAGCACAAUCGCACAAGGCUCUCCCUCUCUCUCCCCCUGUCCCACAAGAAAGUGAAAUAACAAACACAUUGUCUCCUUAGAUUCCUUUCUUUUCUAUUUGAAGCGCACUCUAUCCCAGUCUCUCUCUGAUUUCCUAUAUCAGCUGGUGGGACACUGGUUAUGUUUCUUUUGUCAGGAUUCUCUUGCUCUCACUAUAUCAAGGAGGAGAGGGGAGAUGGCUACUAGAAUAACAAAGAAAACAAUUAAAUAAACCUAAAAGCCCAACAUAUCUAUCCAUCCCCAACAGUAAAAGAAGAAACCGGAUUCAUACUCUCUCCCUCCCCUCUGUCUCUCUUUACCACCGGACCUGCUUUUAAAGCUUGUUCUUCCUCUUUCACAUGAAGACACUAGUCAUGGACUCAUCAACCCCUCGACCUCAACCUCAACCUCAACCUCAAGACUCAUCCUCCUCCAAGAGGCACUUCCACUGGACCAACAAGGUUGGAAAUGAAGACCCCCAACUCCUCCCCACUUCAGAAACAAUGUCCAAAAUCAUAGAAGAAGACACAAACACAAAGGAAGAAGAAGAACAAGAAGAUGACAAGGCUGUUCCACUUCCUGGCCCUGCAGCCACUUCUCAAGCAGCAGCAACAAAGAGAAAGCUUCAAGCAGUGGCAAUCUCAAGGCUCCGCUCUGUUCUCACUGUAUUCAGCAAGAACCGUUCCAACCUCCCCUUCGGCCUCGGCUCCAGAGUUGUUGGCACCCUCUUCGGCUACCGCCGUGGCCACGUGCACUUCGCCUUCCAGAAGGACCCCACCUCCCAGCCCGCCUUCCUUAUUGAGCUCGCGACGCCAAUCAGCGGACUAGUCCGUGAAAUGGCGUCGGGGCUGGUGCGAAUUGCUUUGGAGUGUGACAAAGACAAAGACUCAGAGAAGAAGAAGACCCUGAGGCUGCUUCAGGAGUCCGUCUGGAGGACUUACUGCAACGGUAAAAAAUGCGGCUUUGCCACCAGGAGAGAAUGCGGUGCCAAAGACUGGGACAUACUUAAGGCAGUGGAGCCAAUUUCAAUGGGUGCAGGUGUUUUGCCUAACAGUGAUGGAGCCGAUGGUGAAGUCAUGUACAUGAGGGCAAGGUUUGAGAGAAUUGUUGGGUCCAGAGACUCUGAAGCUUUCUACAUGAUGAAUCCUGACAGCAAUGGAGCACCUGAACUCAGUAUUUAUUUGCUUAGAGUCUAGUACUAUGAUCUGUUUAGUUAUUUAUACUUUUAACUUUCUUUCUUUCUUUCUUUCCCUUUUUUUAGUUUGUUCUUUGUGGAUGUUAAGCACUAGGCUAUUCCUAUACUACCUGUUUAGCUCCUUAAUCAUGAACAAUGGUGACCUAGUUUUCUUCAGCUUAUUUUUCUUUUUUUCCCCCUCUUCUUUCAGGAAGAAGUAGGGUUUCUGUUUUUUUUUUUUUGGAGGGGGGGGGGGGGGGGUAGGAUAGGUGGGUAGGGUAAAGGCAGAGGGGGAAUUUAAUUGUGGGUAACCAAUAGUUACUUUACAGGGUGAUGGUGGUGUGGGUGGGUCAUGAAAGGUGUAUGUAUAUGUAUGUAUGUAUAGUUUCCUUUUCCAAAUCCUUUUAUCAGUGGAUGAGACGGAGGUUAAUGCAGA